CACUGCAGUUCACCAAUAAAUGCUGGAAUAUUCCCAUCAGUUCAGAAGUGAAUAGGAGCAUCAGAGCACCAGGAAGAGCUGAAAUCUGAGUUUAUUAAAGAGGACAGAGAGAAGAUGAGAGAUCCAGAGCCCUGCAGAACCAAACACACUGAAAACACUGAACAACAAACAGAGUUGACUGAAGACAAUGAGGAAAAGAGGAAUUGAGUGAAGUUGAGGAGAAAAUUUAUGUGAAAAGUGGAGAAAAACCCAAACAGAAAGAUUUAAAGAAAAGUAGGGCCAUGAAAUCUUUCUCAUGCACUCAGUGUGGAAAGAGAUUCACAUGCAAAUCUCAUCUUGAGCUUCACAUGAGAGUUCAUACUGGAGAGAAACCGCACACAUGCGAUCAGUGCGGGAAGAGUUUUUCACAAUCAGCAAACCUUAAGAAACACAUGAACAUCCACACUAGAGAGAAACUACACGCAUGUGAUCAGUGCGGCAAAACGUUUUUGUUGGCUUCAAACCUGACAACACACCUGACAGUUCAUACAGAGGAGAAGCCACAUUCAUGUCAUUUGUGUGGAAAGAGUUUUUCAUUACUACAAAGUUUGAAAAUACACCAGAAAAUACAUACUGGUGUGAGAGACUACAUGUGCUUUGAGUGUGAAAAGACUUUUACUACAGCAAGCAGUUUACAACUGCACCGGAGGAUUCACACUGGAGAAAAACCAUACAAGUGUUCACACUGUGACAAGAGAUUCAAUCAGCCAGCACAUCUGAAAACACAUGAGAGGAUUCACACUAGAUUAAAACCUUAUGUGUGUUCACACUGUGACAAGAGAUUCAUUCAUACAGGACAUCUGAAAACACAUGAGAGGAUCCACACUGGAGAGAAACCGUAUCACUGCACUGCAUGUGGGAAGUGUUUCAACCAAUCUUCUUCUCUACGCACACAUACAAAAAGAUAUCACAAUAAGUAGAUCAUCUUCAGAUCCACCACUUUCAGUUCUGAUGCUGCGUCCUCUCCAAAUGUGACACGAUAAUGCAUCAAGCAAUAAAAUAUCAUCUGGAUAAAUCUGUCAUUACAAGUGACAUGACAAAGAAACAUUAUCUAAAGUUUCACAGUGAAUAAAGUUCAUCUUCAUCUUCAAAACCAGCAGUUUGAACUGUGAGGAUGGAGUUCCUCCCCAAAGAAUAAUGUCCAGAAGUUAUAUUCAAUUGUGCUUUCUUUUGAGUUUCAUAUUAUGUUCAAUAUAUUUCAUAAGCAGGAUUGUAAGAACAGUAAUAUUAAAACUUUACAGAUAGCCAUUCCUACUUUUAAGUCAGUAGGAGAGGGUGUUCCAUCUCAUUAGUUUUCACUUUUACUUAGCUCAUUUCUGUAUUUGCUGAUUAAAUGCUUAUUAAAUGUUACCGUUUUUUUAUACAUUGCUAUCUUUUUAUAUUUUAUCAACUUUUAUUGUCUUCUGAUUGUAUUUGAAUCAGGAAAAAGUAAUUUUAUAAUUUAAGUUUUAAUAUCUAAAAGCCAUGAAGUAUUAUAAUUGCUUUUUGGGCUUUUAAAUUUCUCAAUGAUGCUUUCUUUUGCCUAAUAAACUAUAUUUUACUCCACACACGACUGAGAUUGAAUGAGUUUGUCUACAUUAGCAACCCUUCUUCUGCUUCUGCUUUUUCUAGCAGUGGACAGAUAGAUCCUAAUAUUGAUAGUAUCUAUACCAACG